AUGCCGCUCCACCUGCCGCGCGUAGGCGUUUCGGAGGCGAGGUGGCCAAGCAUCCAAGAGCGGGUCUGGAACUACAAGCCCUUCACCAAAAAGUUGACUAGGAAAGGAGCGUCGGCUGUAGCCUGUGUGUGCGAUCGUUUCCGAGGCGUUUUGCCAGAGGCGGCAUGGUCCGCCACCGGGCACGUUGCGGUCCGGGGCUAUCUCCUCACUGGCUUGUCCAAGAAGGCCCGCGAAGUUGCUAGUGCGAAUUCCAAAGAAACGAUUUUCCCUGGAAAGCGCAGCGUUGUAGAGCACGCCACUGAGGCAGUUCUGAGUUUUUGGGAGGAAAAUGUCAUCAGUUCGGCUCCGUGGGGCGGCGUGGAAGGCUUGUCGGAACGGGUGUCUUGGCGGGCGAACCAGGAAUGGGAUUUACAUAGCAGCACCAUCGCGAACCUCCACCACAUCACAGAGAACGGGGUUAGGGAGUUGAAGCGUACCUACGGCGACCUUGUCUGGCACUGCGAAGACCAUCAAUACACGAGACUGGUGGGGUAUUGCCCUAAGCUGUAUGCGUCGCUGUUCAUCGACACGUUUUUCAACGCCCCCGACGUGUUCAGAGUUGAAAGGGUGUCCCCCGGGGGCGCCGCCCGCCAGGUGGGCGCCGUACUCCCCCGAGGUGUCAGGUCGGCGGUUCCGUGGGCGUUCCGGGGGAGGACCUUCGACAAGCUAGCGUCGUGCCGGUGCAUACCCAAAAGUAAGAAAGGCUUCACCACUGCCCGGUGCAUCAUCGAUUUCACAGGUCAUCCUUUGAAGCGCUUGCACCAAGCGAUCGGGAGGAUAUUGAAGGAUGUCGGCAUUGAGGUGGCGGGUGAGAGGUCCUUCAACGCGGCGACCACGGUCGACGCCAUCGGCCGGCUGAGAUAG